AUGUCCUACUUUUCAAAACUGCGCAAUGUACGCAAUAUUUUGUCUUGCACUAUGCACUGUGGUCGUUAUUCUAGUUCUUCCGAAUCUCCAGAACAACUAUCUCAAGUCCUAAAUAAUCAUUUGUUGGAACGUAUUAACACUUUCGGACCCUUAACUGUAGCUGAAUACAUGAAAGAAUGUUUAUCUAACCCACUAUAUGGUUAUUAUAAUACAUACAGUGUUUUCGGAAAAUCUGGAGAUUUUACCACUUCACCUGAAAUAUGUCAAAUCUUUGGUGAGUUGAUAGGUGUAUGGUUGCUGGAAGAAUGGAAAAGACAAGACAGCCCUAAACACCUACAACUCGUUGAACUUGGUCCAGGACGUGGCACACUUUGUUCUGAUAUACUAAGGGUUUUUUCCAAAUUCCCAGACAUAUAUUCAACAUUAUCAAUACACUUAGUUGAAAUAAGUCAAUCAAUGCAACAGACUCAAAAGCAAACAAUAGAAAAAACUCUGUCAUGUUUAGAUAAUAAACCUCCACUUAUAUUUUGGCAUACUGACUUACGCCAAGUUCCUGAAAAUUUCUCAUUUUUUAUAGGUCACGAAUUUUUCGAUGUGCUUCCAGUUCAUUGUUUUCAGAAACAUGAAGGAAAAUGGCACGAAGUUUUAGUUAGCUCCAUGAUAAAUUCUAAUAGCUUAUGUUUUGUACGUUCAAGCACAAAAACUCCAGCAUCAAUAGCAUAUCUUCCGUUAGUUCCUAAUCUGUCGAACCGAAACUCUGUGGAAAUCUGUCCUGAUAUGAUAUGUAUCACACAGUUAUUAUGCAAACGAAUUAAUAAAACGGGUGGUAGUGCACUGUUGAUUGAUUAUGGUCAUGAAGGUGAAAAAGGUGAUACAUUUCGUGGUUUUCAUAAACAUUCAGUUUGUGAUCCUCUCAUCAAUCCUGGUCACACUGAUCUAACAUGUGAUGUUGAUUUUAGUAUUUUAUGUCAAGCAGUCAAAAACUCCGAUGCUAAGGUAAAACUUCAUGGACCUGUAACUCAAGCUUAUUUUCUUAUCAAUAUGGGUUUAUUCACUCGAUUAAAGGUUUUAUUGUCUAAAUGUGAAUCAGAACAACAAAAAGAUGAAUUGUUUUCAGCAUGUGAAAUCCUCGUCACCAAUGAACAAAUGGGUAGUCGAUUCAAAGUUGUUGCAAUCACCCCUGAGCUAGAAUCAGAUUCUGUUGGUUGUGAGCAACAACUACCUGGUUUUACUCCAUUAUCUGGUACACCAUAUGCACAGCCGAAUUCUGUAUAG